GAAGAACUUUUUAAAACUAACAUUGUCCAGGAGCCUAAGACUAUGGGGAAUCAAAAGAAAAAAGAAAAGAAAUCUGGUCCUAUUACAACCCACAAUCAUACAAUCGUCACUAAUAACACUCCAAUCUUAGAAGAACCAA